AUCCUUGAUGAAAUUGGUGCGGCUCCCGCCGCGCACCUUUGCAUCGCGGCCUUAUGAUAAGCAAUUCCGCAUACCAGACUAGUCCUUUUCGUUGCGGGACGUGAAAAGAAUCUAUCCAGCAGUCAUGAACAACGCGGCCCCUGACCUCCAGUGGAUGAUAAUCCGCAACAACUCUUGCUUCCUCAAGAAGGGAAAUGGCUUGACCUUCAGCUCUGAGCCCAACAACCUGAAGAACAAGAACACCUUCAAGUUCAAUGGGCUGAUCCACAGGAAGACCGUUGGUAUUGAGGCGGCCAAGGAUGGCAAAGGUGUUGUUCUCGUCACCAAGAAAAUCAGGGGAGUGGCCAACAAGCCAGCCAAGCAGUACAGCCGUAUUGAGCUGAAGAAGGACGCUCGUCGUACCCUGACCUCCAUCCGCCAUGUCCUCAAGAAGAACAAGUACCGCAGGGACAUCAAGAACGCUGCACUGAGACGUGCCAGUGCCAUCCUCCGCAGUCAGAAGCCGGUCAUGCCACUCAGGAAGAAGCGAGGCUCACGCUCCAAGCGCCAUUAGAAUGCUCUCAAUCAUGGUACUACCCAAGAAGCACUGAAACCAACAGAUUCGACUUAAAUCACUUAAUAAUUUGCAUAAAAGACUGCACAUCUGGAAUCUCAUAUGCAAAAAUUGAAAAAAAAAUCAUAACAUCUUUUGUUUUAUAUCAACUGGAGUGAGCAAGGAAGAGAGGCAUCAAUAAAAAUCACACUGUAUGUAAACAGAAA